AUGGACUUCGGCGACGCCCUCGCCGCUGGUUCUUCAGGCCGUUCCGAGGACAGCUCUACCAGCACCCGCGAGCUUCACAGUCAGCACAUUUACGAACUCCAAUUGGAGGUCAACGCCCUCCGUGCUGAAAUCCAGACUCUCAGGUCCGCAUUGCAGGCUUUGGAAGAGUCCCUUGCUCGUGCCUGGGUGAACCAGACCGGCCACCACCAACGUCUCUCGUGGCUCGAAGGGAUUAUUCAGAGCUUGAGGACUGCCUGUCGGGUGUUUCUUGAGCCUGGCCCUAACUCAGACGCUUUGCUUGGGCCAUCCGAAUUUCAUGCGGCCUUGGUCGCUGCCGAGAGGCCGCUUGUUCUGGAUGCUCAGUCUCUUCUCAUCAAGGACUUGUCUUGGCACAUAAAGGUGGGCGAGGCGUCUCGAAAGACUCCUCUUCUCCCUUGGGAGACGGGUCCCCUUUCUUGGAUCUUUGGUAGGCCACUCAAGAGGCCGCGUCUGGAGCUACCUCGGGACCUGUCUCCCGAUUCAGGAUCUGCUGUUGAUGCGGGGGUGCCUCUGGUGCAUCCACAGCCGGUGCCCAACUUUGCAAGGGAGCGUCUUAGGAUUGCAGCUCUCCUGGCUACAGACGACAGUUCUCGCUGGGAAGCUCUGAGGAAGUUCAGGACGCUGGUUUUGCUUGACCCGGCGCUGUCUCAGGUGGGGCAGUCACUUGCGGCUGAGGCUUUGAUUCUGCGAGACGGCGAUCAGAUGAGGCGAACUUUCUUGGAUGUCUUCCAUGGCAAGAGUACAGCUACCUUAGUGAAGAGAGCCUCGUCGCUUUGGAGGUUUGCCAACUUUUGUUUUGACAAUGGUCUGGGAAAUCCGCUCGGGGCUGGCGAGAAGGUUCUGUACCGAUACAUGUCGCACCUCGAGGAACAUGGCAAGCCGACAUCCGCCUCGGCUUUCCUUCAGGCCUGGAACUUCGCUGUCCACACUUUGAAGCUCUGUAGCCCGGACGCUUUGGGGGCCUUGUCUGCUAGAGUGAAGGGUGCUGCGCAGCGCAUGUACUCCUUGAAGAGGAAGCUUGUUCAGGCAGUACCUUUGACAGUGAAGCAGGUGAAAGGCCUGGAGUACGUGGUCCUGAAGUCCCCGUACCCCCAUUGGCGAAUCAUUGCGGGUCACCUCUUGAUGUGCAUAGGGUCUAGCUGCCGAUUCGCCGAUUCCUUGCAGCUGACCAGCCUCAAGGUCAGCACUGCUCAGGGUGUUACCCUGGUUGAGGCAGAGAGCUCGAAGUGGAAGACGGCUUCGAGGAAGGACCAGCUCCUUCCUUUGGCCUCCUUGGGAAAGUUCUUCGCUGAGGAGUCGUGGGGAGAAGUUUGGGCUAAGGAGCGCGAGGCUGCUGGUCUUGGCCUCGGCCCGGCGCUCCCGGCUUUCUCCGAGGUGACUGGUGAGUGGCUUAACCGUCCUAUGUCCACGGGGGAGGCCACUUGUUAUCUUAGGGAGUUCAUGACCGCGGCUUCCCAGAUGACUGCUGGUUUAGGGUGUCAUUCUCUGAAGUGCACUGUCUUGUCUUGGGCUGCAAAAUCCACGGAUGUCCCUCUCGCUGAUCGACGUUUGCUGGGGCAUCACAUAGAUCCGGGAGUGGUGUCGCCGCUUACUUAUGCGAGGGACGAGCAGACCCGACUCAUGAAGGUAGUUCAUCUUGUGGUGGAAAAGAUCAGGAAAGGAGCCUUCAAGCCGGAUGCCUCGAAGGUCUGGCGCCUCGCGAAGCUGAUUGAGUCUGGUGGCACGGAGCUGCUUAUUGAACAGACUGUGCAAGGCGAUCCCUCUAUGGAGGAGUCCGAUGACGAGGAAGGCGACUUCGGCGACGGGGACAUGGCCGCUGGAGGAGCGUGCGCCUCGAUGGAGCGAUUGAGUGCAGCUGAGCUGGACAUUGCUAAAGAUAGUCGGAUGCAUGUCUACUCGAGGGUGGUGCACAUCCUGAAAGGAUCCAAGUUCCUAUGUGGGAGGAACCUCUCUCCAAACUAUGAGGCCAUCGAUCCGGAUGUUCCCCUCCGAGACUUGCCGGUAUGCGCUCAGUGCUCGCAGAAGUACCAGCAGCGCGAGUGGGGCAGGCAGUCCUACGGGCGUUGUGCCGAGCUCUUGGUGGUUCUGCCGUCCUUGAAGGACGGGACAGUAGCAGCCAUGAAUUCGACAAUUGACAGCGAAGCCACGUUCGCUGCCCGGGCCACCGAGCUCGGCAUGGAGCGCGCUCUCUUGGAUUUGCUUGUGAACAACAACGUGAAGACGAUGGGCGCGCUAGCCUUUGUGAGCCCCUAUCAAAUCGGUCAAGCAGACGAGAAACCUCUUCUUGAAGCCCUCAAAGCCCUGAUAGGGCGCGACUUGACCGCGAAGGAGCUGAUCCCAGUCAGGCGAUUGUGGUUCGAAGCCUCGACCACAGUGAUGGGGGAGUUGAAGCAGAAAGUAGAAAGAAAUGACUCUGCUGAACCAGUUCGUCUAGCCAUAGCGGAAAGAACAACACGUCUGGAUGAGCAGAAAAAGCGCCUUGUGGGCGUGUGCAUCAACAGUGAGUCUGAACCUUCUCACCGCCUUGUGGAUGUUGUCUUCCAGCAGGGCGCGGAUCAGCAGCUGACGUGGUUGCCUUGGGAGAAGUUGACAAGUCGGGCUCAUGAGUUGACGCAUUCUCGCUCCGACAACGCCAUCCUGUUUGAUGCUCAGGGCAACAUGAGGCUGACUAAGAAGAUGCAGGAGAGCCAGUGUACUCUGACAGGUGAGCUCCAAGCUCGACAAGCGCUUCAGAGGCGCGCGUUGGCGUAUGACCUCGCCCGCUUGUGUGACUAUGCUGUCAUGGAAACCUACCAUGAGGAGUUGUUCCAGCUCCUCACUCGGCCUCCACCUCCCAAUGCCCUCUACGUCUCAAUGGGCCAAAUCCGAGAAGCUGAUAAGCACUUAUUCAUCAGGAUCGCAGAGCAAACCCGGGGCUCUCUCACUGCUCGCCCGGAUGGUGCUAAGCCCUUGCAACAGCAGCUCGAGCUUCUCAAGAACCAUCCUCAGGUGCAGUUCUUCUUGAUGCCACCGCAGAAGCCUCUCCGCUACUCUCCUUAUGAUGGCAAAGGGGAGGGCAAGAAGGGAGCUGGAGGCAAGGGAAAAGGGAAAGCAUCGACCGGUGCUCCCGCAGGAGGGGCUGCGCAAGUGGACCUCCCAUCUGGAUGCAGUGCCAAACACAAUGGCAAGCCAAUAUGCUUUGCGUACAACAGGGCGGGCUGUAAGUUUGCCAAGGAUGGCAAGCGGUUGCGCCUCGCCCUGGAUCGACUUCUUCAACGAAGGUGUUUCAAGCUGGGGCCUACAUUUUCGGUGUGCUGGCCGGUCUACGCCGGUCUUGAGUUUGUUUUCAGUAACAUUGCUGUCUUUGCGAACUUACGGACUGAGAUGCACCUAGAUCCUAAUAAUCUGGAGGGCACUUUGAACUUUGCCAUUGCCCUGUCUUCCUUCGAAAGCGGACAGAUUCGACUUGAAGGCGGGCCGCAGGGUUCUGAGGCCCUUUUGGAUGUCAAGCCAGGCGUCUUCUUUGAUGCCCGGACUCGACGCCACGGGACCUGUGACUGGACAGGUCAGCGGGUCGUUCUUGUGGCAUUCAGCCUCAGGGGCUCCGAUCGCCUUUCUGCAAAGGUGUUCGCUGGCUGUGCUCGCUUGUCAGCUACGUUCGCCCGGGUUGGUUUCAAGGUCAUGCCCUUUGAUGGCCCUCGGAACCCGCAUCAGCCUGAGCAUCCUGUGUGCACGCUUGACCUGACAUUGCCGAUUUGCCAACAGAUCUUCUUGAGCCGCCUCGAGAAUUCCAGUGUCUUCUUGAUUCACUUUGGGUUGCCUUGUGGCACAGGAUCGCGUGCCCGCGAGGCGCCACUUCCCCAACAUCUGCGAGCCCGUGGUGCUCCUCAGCCUCGCCCGCUACGAGACCAUGUGCACGUCUUGGGCCUCCCUUCCUUGAGUCCUCAGGAGUCUGCUAGAGUGGAGGCCGCCAACCGACUGGCCGAGUUCGUGGUGCAAGUGCUUGUGCGAGCACAUGAUCAAGGCUGGCGCAUUGUCAUUGAGAACCCCAUUCGUUCUUGGAUGUGGAGUGUUCUAGCCCACUUUGUGCGCGCGCUUGACAAGCCUCGCUUUCGGUCAUGGUACUCCGAGCUGUUCACUUUUGAUUUUGAUCAAUGCUGCUGGGGCGGUCGCCGUCGCAAAACUUCCAGGUUCUUGACCAAUGUGCCCGAGCUUCGCUCCUUGGUGGCUUCUUGUCAAAAUGAUCACCCUCACGAGCCGUACCGCAUCUUCAGAGGUGCGGCCUCUUCUUGGAAAUUCGACACGGCUUCCGAGGCCGAGUAUCCUUUGCCUUUGUGCGAACAGUACGUUCGCCUCCUGUGCCCGCUGGUCAAUGCCCAGCCGCCAAACCUGCCUAGGCCUUUGGUUCGUCAGGUUCAUCGGAAGCCUCCUCUCGUGCCUGAGUACAAAUCCUUCACAAAUGUCCGCCCUGAAAGUGGUGAGUUUCGCGAGCUCGCGUCAGAUCGGGGUGUUGGCGGGAGCGGCUCAACUCAGGGCUCCACGUUUGGAGUCUUUCACUCUAAGGGUGAGUUCCUUGAGAAGGCGCUGGAAGUUGAGCACCCCUUUGAUUCCGCCUUUGCCAUUGACGAUCAGACCAAAAGGAACGUCUUCGAGUUGCUCACCAUGGGUCUCCUGGGCCCUGCUCGCAGGCGGAUGGACACUCAGAAAAAGCUUUCAGCGUUGAAGCGUGAGCUUGCCGUCGAGGAGAAGCGUUUUCACGCCUCCCUUCCGGAGCACGCCCAAAAGGUGCUCAAGGGGAAGAACAUCUUGUUGUGGAAGAAGCUCCUUGAGGAGACCGGGUUCCCAGACAUCACGGUCGCUGAGCUCAUGGAGGGCGUCCCACUGGUCGGUAGGCCUAGUAAGUCUUCCUUGUAUGGGUGGAAGGAGCAGCCGGCGACCACAACGUUGGAUGAUCUUCUUGUUUCCUCCGUGUGGAGGAACCCUGCGCUGGCGGCGAAGGGCAGAGUUGGGGACGACCCCGUCCUAGCCGAGAAAAUCUGGCAGGCUACACUUUCGGAGGUGGAGAGGGGCUUCAUCUCGGGGCCCUACGAUUCGGAAGAGGACGUUAAGAAGGCCCUUGGAGUUUCUCACAUCUGCUGCAGCCGGCGCUUUGGGGUGAAGCAAGGUGCAGGCGAUGCUUUGAAGUAUCGCCCCAUCGACGACUUCAAGGAGAGUGCCAUAAAUUCUGCCUACCACGCGGUGGAUCGCUUGCAGCUGCAUGACGUCGACUACUUUGUUUCCUUGAUAAGGUUUCUGGCGAACUCCGUGGACGACUCGGGUGCAGUCAAUGUCGAGCUGUCCGACGGGACAGUGCUGAGUGGGGCUGUGCACAGUGACUUUCGAUCGGGGCGGCGCUGGCUUGGACGGUGUCUCGAUCUGGAAAAGGCGUAUAAGCAGGUUCCCAUAUUGGCCGCUCACUUGCCCCUAGCCGUCAUAAUGGUAUGGGACCCGAACACCAGCCGCAACAGAUAUUUUACCACUUGGAGCAUGCCGUUCGGCGCAUGCGCGGCCGUGUUUGGAUUUAAUCGCAUAUCCAGGUCGCUCUUACAUCUGGCCUCGCACCUUUGCGCCGUCAUAGGAGGCGUGUAUUUUGAUGAUUAUCCUAUGAUCGAGCCUGCUGAGUCUUCUAGGAUGUGCAGCCUCUCGGUGGAAACCCUGCUUGACUCCUUGGGAUGGUCUUAUGCCGUCGGUGACGACAAGGGUCAGCCUUUUGAGGAAACCUUCAACCUCCUUGGCAUGCGGCUGGGCGUUUCUAGAAUCAUGGAUGACAUCCUCGAGCUCGAGAACAAGCCCAGCCGGGUCCAGAAGCUCGUUGAGGCAGCCAGGAGAAUGGCUGCGAGUGGGGUUGUGAGCAAGAGUGACUCUGCAUCCCUUCAUGGCCAACUGAACUUCAUGGUGGGCUUCGCUUCCGGCCGUUCCUUGAAAUUUGCUGCGCGAGCCUUGUCAAACCUUUAUCACUUUCCACGGGAUCAGCCUGACGAGGAGGUGAAGUCCUUGGGCCGCUACCUUGAGUCUGCGCUUUUGAGCUUGGAGCCCAAGGUCAUCAGGCUGAGGUCAGGCGGGAGGCCGGUGUCAGUCUUCAGCGACGCCUCUUACGAAGAUGGCGUGGCGGCAUGGGGCAUUGUCUUGGCAGACCCUGUCUCUGGUGAGAGGCUGGUAGCUGGCGGGAUUGUAGAUGAUCACCUUGUGCAGUUUUGGCUUGAUGAAGGAGUUGAACAAGUCAUUUCACAGGCCGAGGCCUUUGCUUUGGUUCUGGCAAGGAGAGCUUUCAAGGACCACCUGCAGUGCCGCAGAUGCGUGUUCUAUGUCGACAAUGAUGCGGCGCGCUAUGUAUGCAUUAAGGCGAGCAGUCCGAGCCGAACCCUCCUCUCCUUGGCCUGCUCCUUUUACGCCAGUGAGUCUCAUGACGGAGUCAUUUCAUGGCUGGAGCGUGUUCCUUCUGCGAGCAAUAUCGCUGAUCUCCCUAGCAGGGGAGAAUGCGCUGAGGCGGCAAAGCUGAUAGGAGGCAAGAUUGUCGACUGCAGUCAGAUUGCAUCGGACCUGACUUCGGAAAUUUUGUCCGUGGAUGAUCUUCCGUGGAGCCUUCUCGCUACGUCCUACAAGGACAAAGCACCUCCGAUCUUCUUGUGA